AUGCCGAAAUACGAGUGUCCGCUGUGCUUUCGCCGUUUCAAGCACGAGCACCACCUGGAGCAGCACCGAAGGUCGAAGUUUCGUUGCGCCAAAACCCGCAUGGGAUGCAGUUUGUUUUUAGCGCUGCCGAUAUUCGAGUGUCUGAGCUGCGCGAAAACUUACAAGCAUGCGCACAACCUGCGCCGCCACAUUAGGUACGAGUGCAACAAGAACCCGCAAUUCCGGUGCGACAUGUGCGACAAGGCAUACACGCAGAAGAGCAGCCUCAAGCACCAUUACUUUAUGGCCCACAAGAAACCUUUGGACCAUAUCGUUUUACCUUUCCGCCCUUGA